AUGACUGCAGUUCGAAUGGCCACAUCGGACAUCAAUGGAGUGACACCAAAUAAAGAUGAAGCAGAAACCCUCAUGAUAAACAAAAUGGCGCCUACCCUGUAUAGCAUGGAUGCUAGCUCGCCAGCAAACGCGGUCCGCAUGUUCGCUGAUAUCAUUGGAUUAGACCUGGAAUUGAAACAUAUUGAUUUAACGGUCGCUGAACAGAAAUUACCAGAAUUUCUCAAAAUAAAUCCUAUUGGCUCCAUUCCAGCAUUAAAAGAUGGCGACUUCAUUGUUUCCGACAGCCACGUCAUUAUGAAGUACCUGCUAUCGAAGUAUGCAGCAGAUCAAGUCGAGUCUUUAUACCCAAGUGACGUACAAACACGCGCGUUGGUCGACCAGGCCAUGUACUUCAAUACCGGUGUGUAUUUCAUUAAGCUUAAAGGCGUGACAUUACCGUCAUUAUUCGGUGACUGUACCGAGACAACCGAAAAGUCGAAAAAGGACAUCAACGACUGUUAUAAGGUACUGGAGGUCUUCCUUGAGAACCGGAAAUACAUUGCAGCCGACCAUCUGACUCUUGCCGAUAUUGCUCUCUUAUCGACGACCAGCAGCAUGCAACCGAUUCACAAGUUGGAUUCGGAGAACGGACAUAUACAGAAUAUUUCCAAGUGUCGCUGUGUGAAGGAUCUUGGGGGCGACCUGUUGUGCGAGGAUCUCGCAGUGAAGGACAGAUGGCGCUCAUACUUCAACGAGCUGUUGAACAAACAGCAUAAAGAGGUGCAGCCACCGGACCUUCCUCCAGACCAAGGUCUAGUGCCCCCGGUAACGCCUGCAGAGGUCCAGACUGCUCGUCGCCGCUCGAGGAAUCGGAAAGUUGUAGGAGCCGACGGAGUCCCCAUCGAACCAUGGAAAGCGAUGGGUCCCCGCGGUGUGGGCACCUUGUCUAAUCUGUUUCCGCGUACUCUUUACCGGGCAGAUCCCAAGCCAAUGGAGGCUGAGUAUUAUUACUCUAGUCUUCAAAGGCAAAUGCAAACAGUUUUGAUAACACAACCGGCUUGUUAUAUAAACAAAAUGGCGCCUAUCCUGUACAGCAUGGAUGCUAGCCCGCCAGCAAACGCGGUGCGCAUGUUCGCUGAUAUCAUUGGAUUAGACCUGGAAUUGAAACAACUUGAUAUAACUGUCGCUGAACAUAAAUCACCAGAAUAUCUCAAAAUAAAUCCUAUUGGCUCCAUUCCAACAUUAAAAGAUGGCGACUUCGUUCUUUCCGAGAGCCACGUCAUUAUGAAGUACCUUCUUUCGAAGUAUGCACCAGAUCAAGUCGAAUCUUUAUACCCAAGUGACUUACAAACACGUGCCUUGGUCGACCAGGCCAUGUACUUCAACACCGGCGUGUAUUUCAUAAGGCUUAAAGCCGUGUCAAUACCGUCAUUAUUCGGUGACUUUACCGAGACACCCGAAAAGUCGAAAAAGGACAUCAACGACUGUUAUAAGGUACUGGAGGUCUUCCUUGAGAACCGGAAAUACAUUGCAGCCGACCACCUGACUCUUGCCGAUAUUGCUCUCUUAGCGACCACCAGCAGCAUGCAACCGAUUCACCAGUUGGAUUCGGAGAAAUUCCCCCGCACCGCUGAAUGGCUGUCACGCUUGGAACAAGAAUCUUUCUUCAAGAAGAUCAUGGUGCCCGGUGUAGAACUGUUGGAUAAGAUACUGCACUCAAUCUGGGAAAGAAAUAAACAAAAGAAAUUAUAA